UCCUUGUGUCGUUUGGAUUUCUGUAUUUCAUAGUUUGCUCUUGUUGUUUCAAUGGUUUCAUAUCAACCACCACAGUGCAAUCCGCUUCCGCUGCGCACAACAAUGACAUGAUAAUCACAGAAAAUGAUGAAGAAGCCAUCUGUAAAUUGAAGCACUUUCUUGGCAGUCAAUUUCGAAUCAAAUAUCAAGGACCCUUGAGAUACUUUCUUGGUGUUGAGGUGGCACGAUCAAAAUCUGGAAUUUCUAUUUGCCAACGAAAGUACACCAUUGACAUUUUGGCAGAAGCCGGAUUACUUGGAGCCAAACCAGCCAAAGUUCCUAUGGACCACGAUCUGGUGUUGUUAUCUACAGGGGAGCUACUCAAAGAUCCUACUCGAUAUCGACGGCUAGUUGGAAAGCUGAUUUAUCUCACAAUUACAAGACUAGAAAUCACUUAUGCAGUCAACACCCUCAGUCAGUUCAUGCAAGUACCUAGACAUCAACAUCUUGAUGCAGCAUAUCGCCUUCUCCACUACCUAAAGGAAGCUCCAGGUCAAGGGUUACUUUUUCCUUCACAAAAUCAGUUAAAGCUUAUUGGUUAUUGUGAUGCAGAUUGGGCCAGAUGCCCAAUCACACGCAGAUCAGUCACAGGUUAUUGCAUAUUUCUUGGUAAUGCACUUGUAUCCUGGAAAAGCAAGAAACAAGUUACAGUUGCACGAUCAUCAGCUGAAGCCGAAUAUCGUUCAAUGGCUGCAACUUGGCUGAGAUAUUUGUUGCAAGAUCUGCGUGUUGAUCAUUCUGAACCUGCAAAGUUAUUUUGCGAUAAUCAAGCCGCCUUGUAUAUUGCAGCAAAUCCAGUGUAUCAUGAAUGA